AUGCCUUCUCCCGAAGGCCUCCGACCCCCAGUCGACCUUCCGGGAGGCGAGGGGACUCCUUCGCCUGCGUCCCCACUCACUCUCCACAGCGGAGACGCGCCCAGAAGUCUACGCCAGACUUCGAUUCGCUCGCGACUUUGCGCGCCUGCGUUCGAAGACGGCUCAGCUUUGCCGCACGCGUCGCCGCUUCCUCUCGAUAUGGGAACCGACGGGGCCUGCCGUACCCCCCUUCUCGCGUCGCCCUCUUCUCCCCUGGAGGGCGGGACGGCGCGGCGGGACCGCUUGAGUGCCCGCGACGUCUGGCCUUCUUUGCCCUCCGCGCAGUCCUCGCCUUGUCGGGUGCCAGAGAACGUCGGCGGCGCGCCGAGAGCUCGCUCCGAGUGUGUUUCCUCUCUGCUCGUCCACCCAGGCGCCAGCUCCGCCGGCUGUCUCCCGGCUCCUCCAGGUCGCGCCGCGUCCUUUCCCGCCGCCGACGUUCUGUCCCCCCGAGGCCCCUUCUUCCUCGUCGAAAACGACUCGCCUCCGAAAUCGUUCUCGUGCGACCCGGUGUUCUGCCGCCCACAUCCGCCGCGAAAACUGCGGGAGGCCCCGGAAGAAAGCCUUCACUUUGCUGCGUCGUUUGACUGCGCAUCGGACGCGGGACACUAUGGACUCGAGGCCGACGACCUGAGCGCGGCCGCGGGACUCUGCGCCGCUUCUGCCUUUCGGAUUCCUCUCCCUUUCGCUUCUGCCUCCAGGCGCCUCUCGCACCCUCCAGACCGUCUGGACGCGCGACCGCGCGGCCUUCUUCUCCCCUCGUCUCGCCCUGGGUCCGUAGACAGUCCAGAAGAGCGAGGGCAGGAGCUGCCUGGAGGCUGCUGCCUCAGCGGUCGAGAGCGACGCGAGCGAUCCGAUCUCUGUUUUGCGUCGCGGCAUGCGUGGGCACCCGAGGCUUCACAGGCCCCUGAGAUGCAAGAUCCACUCGCGAACCCCGAGCGCUACGUGCGAGAAGGGAGCAGACGGAACGUUCAAGCGUUUCUUGGAUCCAGUGGCGCCUACAACGUCCUGCACAAGUGGAGAUACACUCACGGCUACUUGGAUUUCAUCCUCAACGACAGAUUCCACGCCAUUCUCUCCAUGAAGUGGGCACACCUCGUUUUCCUGGUCUUCGCCGUCGUUGUCGCGUGGGCGGCUUUUCUCGCACUGAUUCUGGCAGUGCUGACGGGAGGCGAGCUUCAGAGGUGUCUUGGCCAGGACGCAGCGGAACUGCUGGACUACUACUUCUUCGUGAUUGAGACGAUGUUUGCCAUUGGCUAUGGGAGCCCACGGGCGCCUACGUGCCGGACGAGCAGUCUUUUUGUCACCCCGACUGCCGUCUCCGGCAUCCUCAUCAACUCCGUCGUCCUCGGGGUUGUCUUCCAGAAGUUCUCGGCAGCCUCCAAGCGGAAGUGGGCCCUCGCGUUCUCCAACUGUCUCGUUGGCCGACCGAGUUUUCCGGCGCCUGCUCGCCUCGGCGUCGACAGUUCGGCGUCCCUUGAGAAGGGUGCGCAACUGGCCUCGGCAGAGCUUGUUUACGGCUGCUGCUCCAGCCUCCCCUUUGUCAGGAAACCCGGAGGAGAGGCCGAGAGAGAGCGCGGAAACGGCAUCCCCGGUUCAAUGCGCCCACAUGACUCGGCCGCGAAGCGAGAUGUCACGGAGGCAACCGAGAUGACGACCCCGCGGGCGGCAGGACCAGCUCCAAGGAGGGCCCGACACGAACGGGAGGGGCCGAAGCUGCAACUCGACGCCGUUUCCCCGUCUGCCUCUUCCCGCGGGUCUCCCGCAGCAGGUCGCGGAGCCCAAGGAAGGGACGGCCGGUCAGAGGCGGGCGGAAACGGCGCAGUUCCCGCUUCCUCGUCUCAACGAGCGCGGAGGCCGCGAAGCGACGAGCCGAGAACCGAGAGAUCCGACGCCUCUGACGCGCAAAGCGGUGAGGAACCAGCUGCGUUAGGAAACGGUACAGGUGUCUGUGGACAUCGAGGCACACUGGAGAGCCAGCAGAGCCACGCCAACGCCGAGGAAGCCGAGUCAAGCAUGCUGAGCGACAAGCCGCAGCAAGACACUUGGGCAGAGACCGACCGCGAUGGCGGUCUCUCUGCAUGCGGCUGGGGCCGCGAAAGGCCGCAGCCGAGGCCGAGCCAGAGGUGCGCCUCACUGGGCGACGCGGGCAGCAAGCGAGGAGACGCCGACGGGGCUGCUGAAGCAAGUGAAGAUCGCUGGACGCCCUGUGCGCGGGCACGAGAAGACGCGACGUGCGCACCCGUAUUGGCUGCUCACUCUAGCUUCGCUCACCUCAGAGACUCUGGGGCGGCGAACACGCCCCAGUGUCUCUGUCGUGCUCCUACCUCUCCUUCGACGUGGCAGCACUACCGCCUGUCUUUCCGAGUGAUCAACGUGACGCACCAUUCCUUCUUCAAUCCGAAACUGUGUCUCUAUCUCUUAAAACACAGCGCCCGAGGCCUGCGCAUCCGGCAAUUCCCGACGUUCCGCACUGACACGCCUCUUGAAUUUCUUGAGAUGCCCAUCACUGUCACGGUAGACACCCGCGAUCGGGACUCGCCUCUCCGAGAUGUGACAGCAGAGGAGCUGAAGCAGGAAGGCAGUGCGUACGAGAUCCUCUCGUUCCUCUCGUUUACGGACAACCACACGUCGCGGCCCGUUGAAAUUCGAAAGAGCUGGAGUCUGCGGUCUAUCAAGUGGGGAGAAAGCUUCACGCCUAUUGUCCGGCCGCCGUGCGCGUCUGCGGUCUCUUCUGGUUAG